AUGGCAAAUCAACAUCCCUAUGCUCCAUGGCGGAGGUUGAUCUUGGUACCUUGUUGGAUCAUCCAAAUUCUGUUUCCUGGCUUUACUUUUGUGGUGGUGGCUUUAGGUAUCGCUAUGAUCAUUCGCAAUGAUUUUGAUGAUGAUGGGGAUUAUGAUGGAGAUGGCAAUGUUCGAACGAGUCUGGUUAUCGGAUGGAUUCACAUUAUAUUUUCUGCCUUGUGCAUCAUCGUCACUACAACAGAGAUUAUUCUCAUGCUGAGACGCAAGCUGAAACCUCUUAUUUUUCUCAUCAUGAAUAUCUUCAAGAGCAGUUGUUGGACAGCAUUAUUGAUCAUCAGCUUGGUGAACACAUUCGGUGUUUCUAAGAAAAUAAUGCCAAGAAUCGCUGGCCUGAUUGUCGAUAUUAUAUUACUCCUCGCCUUCUACAUCCCCCUAGCCCACGGCUCUAUAAUCUACCACCGCAACCUCAAAGCCGCCUCUUACGAACCCGUCAACCCCAAACACACCAGCUAUGAUUCCGCCUCAGAACCAUUCCCCGAUGCCUUCCCCCCCGCCUAUCAAUCUUUCACCACCAUAGAAGCAACCACCGAUCUCGAAGCAAACGACCACACCACGGGAAGACCUCGACGUUUAAGUUAUAAUCAUACGAGAGAUACCAGGUUUGAAUCGUACAAACAAACGAGGAGAAGCUUUUCAGAUCCAAAUGUUGUGAAGAGUAUGAUGGCUAGUCCAACGCAAACUUCGUGGUCGACGAGGAGUAGGAGUAGCACGUUGAAUUUACCGACGCCGAUGCCGAUGCUGAUGCCGAUUCCGCAGGUGGUGGUGCAUGAUCAUGAUGAGCUUUUGGAGUUGAAUAGGAGGGCGGAGAUGCAAUGA